CCGCCUGCCGCGGGAGCCGCCUCCGUCCCCGGAUGGGCUGAGGAAGUCGAGGAGCGGGGGAGUCGGGGAUCCAGACGGAGCCCGCGCGGGGAGCGCCCCGCCACUGCCUGACUCGGCGCCCGCAAUUCGGGCGCGGCGCGCCGGCCACUGCUGCACGAAUGUCCCCGGGCGCUGCGGGCUGGCAGGUCUGGGGUCCUGAGGCUGCCAGCAGACUAUGGGUACAACGGCCAGCACAGCCCAGCAGACGGUCUCAGCAAGUGCCCCCUUUGAGGGUCUCCAGGGCGGAGGCACGAUGGAUGGCCGGCAUUCCCUCAGUGUCCACUCCUUCCACACCACAAGCUUGCAUAACAGCAAGGCCAAGUCCAUCAUCCCCAACAAGGUGGCCCCUGUUGUGAUCACGUACAACUGCAAGGAGGAGUUCCAGAUCCAUGAUGAGCUGCUCAAGGCCCAUUAUAAGCUAGGCCGGCUCUCGGACUCUACCCCUGAGCACUACCUGGUACAGGGCCGCUACUUCCUGGUGCGAGAUGUCACUGAGAAGAUGGAUGUGCUGGGCACCUCGGGGAGCUGUGGGGCCCCCAACUUCCGACAGGUGCAGAGUGGACUUCCUGUGUUUGGCAUGGGGCAGCCUAGCCUCUCAGGGUUCAGGCGAGUUCUCCAGAAACUCCAGAAGGAUGGACACAAGGAGUGCAUCGUCUUCUGCGUGAGGGAGGAGCCUGUGUUGUUUCUUCGUGCAGAUGAGGACUUCGUGGCCUACACACCUCGGGACAAACAGAGCCUUCAUGAGAAUCUCCAGGGCCUGGGGCCUGGAGUCAAAGUCGAGAGCUUGGAGCUAGCUAUCCGGAAGGAGAUCCACGACUUUGCCCAGCUGAGUGAGAACACAUAUCACGUGUACCACAACACAGACAGCCUCCGAGGGGAGCCCCAUGCUGUGGUCAUCCGGGGUGAGGACGACGUGCAUGUGACUGAGGAGGUGUACAAGCGACCACUCUUUCUGCAGCCCGCAUAUAGGUACCACCGCCUGCCCCUUCCAGAGCAAGGGGCCCCCCUGGAAGCCCAGCUUGAUGCCUUUGUCAGUGUCCUCCGGGAGACACCCAGUCUGCUGCGGCUCCGAGAUGCCUCUGGGCCUCCUCCUGCCCUCCUCUUCAGCUGUCAGUCAGGCAUGGGCAGGACCAACCUGGGCAUGGCUCUGGGCACCCUCCUGCUGUUUCACCACGGUGGUACCACCUAUCAGCCAGACGCUGCCCCCCCACAGACCAAGCAGCUGCCCAUGGAGAAGUUCCAGGUCAUCCACAGCCUCCUUCGUGCCGUGCCGCAGGGAUGGAAGAUGGUGGAGGAGGUGAACAGAGCUAUCGCUGCCUGUUCGGAGUUGUAUGACCUAAAGGAAGUGAUCCUGGAGAGCCAUAGGAAGUUGGAAGGUAUCGGGCCAGAGAGCCCUGUGCAGGGAAGUGGUGGCCAGCAUAGUAUGCGGCAGAGAGCGCUGAAGAGCCUGGAGCGGUACUUCUACCUGAUUCUGUUCAACUACUAUCUCCAUGAGCAGUACCCCCUGGCCUUUGCCCUCAGUUUCAGCCGCUGGCUGUGUGCCCACCCUGAGCUGUAUCGCCUGCCAGUGACACUGAACUCUGCAGGUCCUGUGACUCCUGGGGCCCUCUUGGCCAAGGGCUCCCUGAAGGCGGACGAUCUCGUCUCCCCAGAUGCGCUCAGCACCCUCAGAGAGAUGAACGUAGCCAACUUCCGUCGUGUUCCCCGAAUGCCCAUUUAUGGCAUGGCCCAGCCCAGUGCCAAGGCACUGGGCAGCAUCCUGACCUAUCUGAUGGAUGCCAAGAGGAAGCUGCAGCAGGUGGUAUGGAUCAACCUGAGGGAGGAGGUUGUGCUGGAAUGUGAUGGUCACACCCACAGCCUGCAGCAGCCCGGGUCCUCCAUGACCCCUGACCAGUUAGAGAUCCUGGAGACCCAGCUAAAGGCCCACAUGAGCCAGCCUGACCCUGUCCUGAAGGGCUCAGCAGCACCCAGGAUCCAGACGUGCCUCACCACACAGGAGGUCUUCAGUCAGCACCGCGGUGUCUGUCCUGGCCUCACUUACCACCGCAUUCCUGUGCCAGACUUCUGUGCCCCCCGAGAGGAGGACUUUGACCGGCUGCUGGAGGCCUUGAGGGCUGCUCUCGCCAAAGACCCGGGGACUGGCUUUGUGUUCAGCUGCCUCAGUGGCCAGGGCCGGACCACAACUGCCAUGGUGGUGGCUGUGCUGGCCUUCUGGCAUAUCCAGGGCUGUCCCGAGGUGGGUGAGGAGGAGCUUGUGAGCGUGCCCGAUGCCAAGUUCACCAAGGGCGAGUUUCAGGUGGUGAUGAAGGUGGUCCAGCUGCUGCCUGAUGGGCACCAUGUGAAGAAGGAAGUGGACGCAGCACUGGACACCGUCAGUGAGACCAUGACGCCCAUGCACUACCACCUGCGGGAGAUUAUCAUCUGUACCUACCGCCAGGCGAAGGCUGCCAAAGAGGCACAGGAGACGCAGAGGCUGCAGCUGAGGAGCCUGCAGUACUUGGAGCGCUAUGUCUACCUGAUCCUCUUCAACGCCUACCUCCGCCUGGAGAAGGCCCACACCUGGCAGAGGCCCUUCAGCACCUGGAUGCGGGAGGUGGCGUCAAAGGCCGGAGUCUAUGAGAUCCUCAACCAGCUGGGCUUCCCCGAGCUGGAGAGCCAGGACCAGCCCCUCUCCAGACUGCGCUACCGCUGGCAGGAGCAGAGCCGAGACUCUGAGCUCUCUGCUGCUGAGGAUUACUUGUAGGGGCUCCUUAUGCUACCCCUAAUCCUUAAGGGGGCAGUCUGGAGCUUGAGGUUCUCAUCAGUGGAAAAGGUUCUCAGCAUCCUGGAGAUUCUUUUCUUGGAAAGAGGUUUUUAUGGGACACGCAGAGAAGACACACAGCCAUUCCUUGUAACCCCAGAGCCACAUGAUGGUCUUCCAGAGAGGCCUGUGUGUGUGUACCUUGCAGACUAGCGGGCAUUGGGCUCACUCCCCAAAUUGCCCCAGAGCUAAUGGUCACUUCUGGCCUCUUCUUUCCUCUUAGCAGUCAGACCACCUUGCCACGUUCCUUCCCAUUCUUCCUCUGGCUGUUCUGCCCUUGCCUGUCUCCUUUUUAUCAUCCAAGCACUGCCCCGGUGGCUCCAGCUACCUGAGGGGGGUGAAGGGAUGGCUCUGGGUGAAUUUAUUCCUUUUAAAGGCAGCUUUGCCCAGUUUCCUUCUGUCUCUUGCCUGUCUCCAGCUUAGGAGACUGUGAGGUCCACCUGUAUAGCUGGGCUGGAUAAGACUUAGCCUCUCCUCCUUUCCCCCUCUUUCUUCUCCUCUCUCCCGCUGUGGCAGGGGGUGGAAACAUCAGAUUGUCCCUCAGUUGGAGCCAAGAGCUUCCAGAAGCAGAAGCAGCACCAUGGGGGAGGUCUGCUGGAUCUGUUCCAAGUCUGAACAGCAGGUGUCAGGAGCCAAAAACCGGGAGCCAUGGCCCCUCUGCACCUUACUGUCCCCACAGCCAGGGGGAGCCCGAGGAUGCCAGGGUCAAGAGUGGUUGCUGGGAGACCCUGGAGAUCAGUGGGCUGUUAGGAUUCUAAGCUGUUCCUCAGCUGCCUCCCUGGCGGGAAGCAGCUGGGACAAACCCUGAUGAGCUGGGUCCAGGGUCAGCUCUACACAGUGGAGUGGCUGUGGGGAUGAGAUCCAGAGAGUGCGAUGCCUGCAGCUGAGGAGCCUGUCCAUCCAGCCAUCUCCUUGGGCCAGUGAGCUCAUUUGGGCUCAUGCUCUUCUGCUGAAAGAGAAAUAUGUCGUUAUUUAAAAAGGGGAGAAGAGGUUGGAGUUGUUCACAUCUACCCAGUAUUGGAAAAUAUUGAUCCUCUUAGCUGAAGUCUUUUGCAUAAACUACUGUAUGUCCGCUCAUAACCUUUUCAGGGUUUAGUUUUUGUCUAUAUAUAUAUGUAUUUUUUUUGCAUGUAUGCAGAAGUGUUUGUUUCUUUGCAGACGAGAGCUAGUUAAGGAGUUGGAGACAGGGCUGAACUGGGAUAGAUUCUUUGCUUCUCAUGGUCGGCUCUAUUAUAUGUGUUGGGACCAUUAGCCGAUCAUGUCACCUCUCUGCCUCAAUUUCCCCAUCUGCAAAAUGGGAGAUAAUACUUGCCUACCUACCUCACAGGGGUGUUGUGAGGAAUCAUUUGUGAUUUUUUUUUGUACAGAGCUUUUUUUUUUUUUUAGCAUUAAAUACAGCUUA